UUGUAUUUAGUGUUGUGGGUGUGGGGGUUAUGUGUGUACAAGUGAUACUUCUAAUAAACAAACCGCACAAGUUUCAUCACUCCAUUUCAUCUACUUUCUCAUAUUCUUACCUGGCCUCUCUUACCUAUCUACUCUCCCACCCACAAUGAUACUACCACCUUCUCCUUCCAUUCUACACACAACCAUCUUCUCAUUAAUCUUCCACUUUCUCCUCCUCCUCACUCACGCCUCAAAUAACCCAGAUUUUCAACCAUUAAUAGCAUUCAAAACAGCUACCGACACAUCCAACAAACUCACCACAUGGAACACAACCACAGACCUAUGCACCUGGUACGGUGUCUCCUGUCUCAGAAACCGCGUCUCCCGCCUCGUCCUCGAAAAUCUCCAACUCCACGGCUCCAUCCAACCCUUAACCUCUCUCACUCAGCUCCGUGUACUCAGCCUUAAACGCAACCGUUUUAAUGGUCCCAUUCCCAGUCUCUCCAACUUCACUUCAUUAAGACUUCUCUUCCUCUCUUAUAACAAUUUCUCCGGCGAAUUCCCUGAAACUUUAACCUCCCUCACCCGCCUCUACCGUCUCGAUCUCUCCCAUAACAAUCUCUCCGGCGAGAUUCCACCAAAUGUCUACCGUUUAUCUCACCUCCUUACACUCCGCCUCGACGGAAACCAAAUCCAAGGCCACAUUCCAAACAUAAAUCUCUCUUACCUUCAAGACUUCAAUGUCUCCGGUAAUCUUCUCUCCGGUCGAAUACCUGAGUCGCUGUCGGGUUUUUCAGAUUCUGCUUUCGCAGAAAAUCCGUCUCUCUGUGGUGGUCCGUUGCAGAAAUGUAAAGACAUUCCUGCCCUUGCUUCGAUGCCUACACACACUAACCGAAGAAAUGGAGGUCCGAGAAUGGGGACUAUGGUCUUAAUCGUUAUUAUCCUCGGCGAUGUAUUGGUACUCGCCAUUGUUUCAAUGCUUCUCUACUGCUACUUCUGGCGAAACUACUCCAAGGAGGGAAAAGAAGGAGGGUCGAAUUCAAAGAGUGUUUCUUUAGAGGCUGAAAAUCAAAAGAUGGUUUAUGUUGGGCAACAAGGGUUGGAGAAAGGUCAUAGUAAAAUGGUGUUUUUUGAAGGGGCAAAGAGGUUUGAACUAGAGGACUUGCUUCGUGCUUCAGCGGAAAUGUUAGGGAAGGGUUCGUUUGGCGCUGUGUAUAAAGCUGUUCUUGAUAAUGGAAGUGUUGUGGCUGUGAAGAGAUUGAAGGAGAUUCAGAUUGGAGGGAAGAAAGAGUUCGAGCAGAGAAUGGAAGUUCUUGGAAGGUUAAGACACUCCAACAUUGUUAGUUUGAAGGCUUACUAUUUCGCAAAGGAUGAAAAAUUGCUUGUCUUUGAUUACAUGGUUAAUGGUAGCUUGUUCUGGCUCCUUCACGGCAACCGAGGACCCGGGAGAACCCCACUUGACUGGACCACGAGGCUAAAGAUAGCAGCCGGAACCGCGCGAGGUGUGGCUUUCAUUCACAACCAUAACAAUAAUCUCACCCACGGUAGCAUCAAAUCCACCAAUGUUUUAGUUGACGUGGCUGGAAACGCACACGUGGCGGAUUUUGGACUCUACAUUUUCGCCGUCCCGUCAAACAAAAGAUCCAACGGUUACCGCGCUCCGGAAAUAUCGGACGGUCGAAAACAGUCCCAGAAAUCUGAUGUGUAUGCCUUUGGCGUUCUGCUGAUGGAAUUACUAACGGGGAAGUGUCCCUCCGCCGCGGACGGCGGUGCUGCGGUUGAGCUUCCUAGGUGGGUCCAGUCGGUUGUGAGGGAGGAAUGGACGGCUGAGGUGUUUGAUCUUGAGCUGAUGAGGUACAAGGAUGCCGAGGAGGAAAUGGUGGCGCUAUUGCAGAUUGCUAUGACGUGUACUGCAAUUGCACCUGAUCAACGGCCAAAGAUGAGCCACGUAGUCAAGAGUAUUGAGGAGUUGCGUGGGGUUGAAGUCUCUCCGGGUUAUGACACGUUGGAUUCGGUUUCUGAGUCACCUUCCGUGUCUGAAGAUGCUAGUGGAGGUAGAGCUAUUCACUAACCUUAGGGUUUUGAAGCUCAGUCGUGUUUCUAAUUAAACCAAAUUAUGAUUUGAUUGUCUUUUCAAAUUUUGUAUGUUACUUAUUUUUAUCUCAAACUUAAUUUAAUAUUUUACCUAUUUAAAUUUGACCGAGAUGCUGUAGCCCUGUAAGUUAAAAUUUCAGCUAAGGAAUUAUGCUUAGUAAAGCAAUGUGACAUGACAUGUUCAUAUAGUUAUAGUGAUGUGCUUUUUUAGA